AUGGAUAUAGCCGAGGAUGAGAGAGGUAACCUGCCAUCGGUAAUAAUGGAGGAAGAAGGAAGGUUUGAAGCUGAAAUUGCAGAGGUGCAAGCAUGGUGGAACACCGAGAGAUUCAAGCUAACCAGGCGUCCAUAUUCGGCUAGAGAUGUUGUGUCACUACGAGGAAACCUCAGACAAAGCUACGGCUCAAAUGAAAUGGCGAAAAAGCUAUGGAGAACUCUCAAGAGCCACCAAGCCAAUGGCACAGCCUCUAGGACUUUUGGUGCACUUGAUCCAGUCCAGGUGACCAUGAUGGCCAAGCACUUGGACACCGUAUAUGUCUCUGGUUGGCAGUGCUCAUCCACCCACACCUCCACCAAUGAACCUGGUCCAGACCUUGCUGACUACCCCUAUGACACUGUCCCAAACAAAGUGGAACAUUUAUUUUUUGCCCAACAAUACCAUGAUAGAAAGCAAAGAGAAGCAAGAAUGAGCAUGAGCAGAGAAGAGAGAGCUCGAACUCCUUAUAUUGAUUACUUGAAACCAAUCAUAGCUGAUGGGGAUACUGGAUUUGGUGCCUACACAGCAACUGUUAAGCUUUGUAAGCUUUUUGUGGAACGUGGGGCAGCUGGAGUUCACAUUGAAGACCAGUCCUCAGUGACCAAAAAAUGUGGCCACAUGGCUGGAAAAGUACUUGUUGCCACUAGUGAACACAUCAAUAGGCUAGUGGCUGCAAGGUUGCAAUUUGAUGUCAUGGGGGUUGAGACAAUUUUGGUGGCUAGGACUGAUGCAGUCGCGGCUAAUAAUUUGAUCCAAACUAAUAUUGACCCAAGAGAUCAUCAGUUCAUUUUGGGUGUGACAAAUCCAAACCUUAAGGGGAAAAGUUUGGCUACUCUUUUGGCAGAAGCAAUGGCUGCUGGUAAAACAGGAGUUGAACUUCAAUCUCUUGAAGACCAAUGGAUAUCAAUGGCACAGUUGAAGACAUUCUCUGAUUGUGUUGUGGAUGCCAUUAAGAAUAUGAACAUUGGGGAGACUGAGAAGAUAAGAAGAGUAAAUGAGUGGACGAAUUAUUCUAGUUAUGAUAAAUGUCUCUCAAAUGAGCAAGCGCGCGAGGUUGCUGAGAGACUGGGGCUCAACAACCUGUUCUGGGACUGGGACUUGCCUAGAACCAGAGAAGGCUAUUACAGGUUCAAAGGGUCUGUGAUGGCAGCUGUUGUCCGUGGCUGGGCUUUUGCUCCACAUGCUGAUAUUCUUUGGAUGGAGACUGCAAGUCCUGACUUGGUAGAAUGCACCGAGUUUGCUGAGGGGGUGAAAUCCAAGCACCCGGAGAUCAUGCUGGCUUAUAAUCUUUCACCUUCUUUCAAUUGGGAUGCAUCGGGAAUGACCAAUGAACAAAUGAAGGAGUUCAUUCCUAUGAUUGCCAAGUUGGGCUACUGUUGGCAGUUUAUAACUCUGGCCGGUUUCCAUGCCGAUGCUCUUGUGACUGACACCUUUGCAAGGGAUUAUGCAAGGAGGGGAAUGUUGGCUUAUGUAGAGAGGAUCCAGAGGGAGGAGAGGAACAAUGGGGUUGACACACUUGCUCAUCAAAAAUGGUCUGGUGCAAACUACUAUGAUAAGUACCUCAAGACUGUCCAGGGAGGCAUUUCUUCAACUGCUGCAAUGGGCAAAGGUGUGACUGAGGAGCAAUUCAAAGAAACAUGGACUGGGCCAGGUGCUGUGGACACGGUUGAUGGACCUCUUGUGGUUGCCAAUGCAAGAAUGUAAAAGAGCUACCUUAUAUAUGUUGAGUUUGGUCUGGGAGCUGGGAUUAUUUCCCAGUUCCAAAUUUUAUAUAUAUUCGAACUCAUAAGAAUAAUUUGUUGCAAUAAUUUCAUAUAG